UUGCCAAGACCAUUGGGCAAGAAGGCAAGAAGCAUCAACGACAAGAGACGCGGCGACAAGGAAACCAAAUGGUUGCCAAGCACAAGUUGUCGCCAAGUCUUUGCGGUUCUUUGUCUGCAGUCUAUUAGCAUCCAUUAGACGUGGAGCUGCGUUGAACAUUGAGGCGAUCCGUGCAAACAAUCACUCAACCGUCGAGGCUGAUUGAUUGACUGACAGCCUUUCCUUCAGAAUUCAGAAUCUUUUCUCAAGCACUUCCGCAGCGGACACUUUCUGUCAACACAACACAAACAACUGGUCAUGGCCAAGGUUAGGCAGAAGCGCAAGGCCACGGCCUCCAACGCGAAAGCUAAGGGCGAUGAAGGCGAUGCUCCAUCGAAGAAGAGUACGAAAGAAGUCGACGCCAAGCCCAAGAAGGCAGCCCCAAGGAAGAACAGAAUUACUCUGGUUGAAAUCAUGAACCAAGAACACACGGCUGUAGAGGUUUCAUCGAAGAAGAGGAAGAAGGAGGGCACGGCCAACGAAGGAUCCGCUGCCAAGCGCAUGAAGGGAGCAGCGAAAAAGAAUAAACCCUGCAGUGGAGCUCCAACCGACAUAAUCCUGGCCAAGAUGAAAAAGAUCCACAUGCAACCAAAGAGCCCCAGUGCUUCGUUUGCAGAUGUAAUGAAGGGACGCAAGACGAGCGACACGUGGGAGAAUGCCUGGAAAGCCCUGUUCGAUGAUGGCCUCAUCUUUGCUGAAUCCAGCGGUGCUACAUUGUUUACGUCCGACUUUAGGUUGACCGAGAAGGGUUUGGAACACUUGAUGACGCCGGAAGAAAAGGAAUUCCAUGCUUCGUUGAGCACCCCAGCCACGACGAAUGAGCAACUCCACGAACGAAUAAAGAAGGUCGUUUGCCAGGGCCACGGUGGCAGAGGAAUUGAAAUAUUUGACCUGCUCUUGAAACAUGGUUCGUGCCAGAGAAAACAACUUGCCGCUGUGAUUGGGAUCCACGACGGUGGACACAACUUUUCUUAUAGCUUGCGAAACCUGGUCCAGGAAGGGUAUGUGGAGAAGGAUCCAAACAACAAAUGCAACAUCCGCCUUUCCGAUACGGCCUUCCUGUCUAUCAACGACCGCCCGGAACCCGUUGUAAUGGAUCCUGACGUGUUGGCAGCUGCCAUGGAAAAGGUGUAUGGCAAGGGAAUACAGAGGAAGAAAGCCAAAGCUGAAGCCCAGGCUGCGGCCGAAGCCGCUAAAGCUGCAGCAAAAAAAGAGAUUAAGGCAGCAUCAAAUUCCGUGGAGGGAGGAGCGGCCAAGCUGGUCAAAACGGCGGAGAAAGANNNAUAUCGCAGCAAAAGCAGCGGCCAAAAGGGCAGAGAAAGAGGCAGCAAAGGCAGCUAG